GGUCUUACAAUUUUUAUUAUUAUCUACUACUACUGUGCCUCUUGGAUAGGAACAAUGCUCUCGGCAUCAAGGAUCAUGUUUCAACCUGCAUCCUGGUAGUAAACAUUUCUUUCUUAAAGUUAUCACAUGACUAUUAUGGAAAACUUAACAGGAAGAGAAAGUAAGGAGAAGGUCAAGAAAGAAGAAGAAAUCUUGGAACACCUGUUGUCAUCAGGAGGCACUGCAGAGGCAUAAAAAGAAAGGUAAAGAAAGGACAAAGUAUUCAGGUUCAUUCACACGAAGCAGCUAUCUUUUCAUCAAUUGCCGAGCAGAACAGUCAGGUUGCGGACAUGGCUGUUGUUCAGAAUGCUGUUCUGCUAAUAACUUUAGCAAUAGCAGUACAGGAGUAUAAUGGGGUACCAAAGAGAACCAGGUACGCUUUGCAUCCACCAUGUCUUGACCUACUAAUUGUUGAGAGAAUGACCCAGCGUGUCAGCAAAGUCGUGCCAGGUGCAGACCAUAACAACAUUUUAUUAAAGAGCAAAACGUUUGAUAAGAUCCGCCGAAAGAAGUACCUUCACAGUUGUGUCCUAGAAAAAAUCAUUGAAUUCUAUGAGAACGUUUUAUCCAGUGACCAAUAUAUCCAGACCUACCAUCCUGAUCUAAUCUCAACCCUUGAGAAAGUGCGAAAUUGUUCUUAUAAAGUGAAGAGAUGUGAGAUGCUGUAUGAACAGGCUAACCAUCAAAGUGCUUUAGAGAUUGCAGAAGCAGAUAUGAGUGCACAGGAGGUGGCCAUCUUUCAGCUACAAAAGCUUAACCAUGCCACUGAAAGGUUAAAUCAUACAACCAUCCGAGAGACAGCCAUGGAUGAACUGAAGUCUCUUCAUCACUACAUCCUUGGAAGGGCUUUCCGGAAAACUAAUGGCUGAAUCGACUCCAUACCAGACAUUUCAGCUUGAUGCUGCUCCCAGACAUGUCCCAUAAGCUGUAUGUAAUGUGUAUGCUGUGUGAUAAUUACUGUUUGGAUGCAAUUAUACAUCAUACAACAUUUCUAUAUUGGAAAAUAAUUAUUUUAUAUAUGUGAUACAAAGUGCUACAAAUGUGAUGGAAGGUUCUACAAGUACAACAAAUAAAAUCA